AUGAAACGAAGAAACCGCUCUUUAUUUUUUCUCCUAGUUUUAUUAUUGUCACACAAGGUAAAUAAUGUAUUAGCAGAGCCAGCAAUUGAAAUCCGACUAAGAUGCAAAAAUGAAUAUGUGAAUGGUGAGAAUUGUUAUAAAUUAGCUACAGGAUAUCACUAUGUUGAAGAAGAUAAUAUAGAACAGUGGUUACAGGAGACGAAUGAAAGAAGAAGUAAAAAAAGUGUAGAAUAUAGGAAUGGCGUACAGCAGCUAAAAAUGAACUAUGCGGGAAUGAAUACAAGAAGAACUAGCCGCAUUUUGAAGGAAUCAAUUUACGCAGCGCAAAAAUUUAGAGUCAACAAGGACACAGUGGAAAGACAUGGGGAACAUAAACAUGAUAGCAAACCUGAUAACGGCAGGGCUGCAAAUAGUUUGGUAAUGUUAGAUUAUGAUAAAUCUAACAGUGGGCCUCCAGCUGGAACCCUUGAUAAUGUUAUCGAAUUUGUGAAUGAAGAUGGGAGAAAUUCUCUUGAAGAUUCCUCCAAAGGUGGCAAUUCUCACAAUAUUGAUCCUAAGAAAACGAUCUCUAGUGGUGUUAUGAAUCAUGCUUUUGUCCAAAACAAUGUAAAGGGAAUAUGUAUGGUUAAGAGAAAACGUGGGAAAAUAGAUUGGGACUGUUCAACAAAGGAGGAUGUAUGUAUACCAGAUAGGAGAUAUCAAUUAUGUAUGAGGGAACUGACGAAUUUGGUAAAUAAUACGGAGACAAAUUUUGAUCAUGAUAUAACAUUUCGGAAAAUUUAUAUGGCAAGGAAAUUUCUUUAUGAUGCAGAGAGGGAGGUCGAUUUAUUAUUCAAAAAGAAUGCAGAGGAAUAUGACGAGCACUUCUGUGAGGAGGUAAGAUGGAGUUUUGCAGAUUUUGGUGAUGUAAUUAUGGGAACUGAUAUGGAAGGUACGGGAAAUUCCAUAGUGGUGGAACGGAAUUUGCAGAGCAUCUUUGGAACUGACGAGGAGGCCCAAGAGGAUCGUAAGAAGUGGUGGAAAGAAUAUAAAGAAUUAAUUUGGAGAACAAUGGUCAACUAUAUUAGAGACAAAUUAAAGAAUAAAUUUACGUGGGUUUGUGAAAUAGAUGUUCGUGUAUGGGAUGAACCGCAGAUAUAUAGAUGGAUUCGAGAAUGGGGAAACGAUUAUAUGUCAGAAUUACGCACGGAACGACAAAAAUUGGAAGAAAAAUGUCAUGGAAAAAUCGAUUCUACUGAUAAACAACUAUGUAAUCGAUCCACAUGUGAGGAACCGUGUGAAUUCUAUGAUAAAUGGAUAACCAGAAAGAAAAAACAGUGGGAUGUUCUGUCAAAAAAAUUCAAAAGUGUAAAGAAGGAACAAAACAUCCAGAUCGAAGAUAUUGUAACUCCAUAUGAUAUAUUAAAACAGGAGUUAAAAGAAUUUAACGAGGCAGAUUUUGGGAGUGAACAUAAUCAACGUGAUGAGGCAUAUAUUAAUUUAUGCGGUUGUGGCCUUGAAAACGUUCCGGAAAAUUCUCAGCAUGGGGUAACAAAUGCUUCUGAAUCUGAGGGACAGAAUUCGAAUAAAAUAAUUCAGUCCGUGAAUAGUAGUAAGUCGGAGAAUGUUGAAGGGGGUUCUGCGCCUGAAAAUGUUAACAGUGACACAGAUAAUUCUAGCACAGGUGACACUGUUACGGAGAACAGACAAAGGGAAAAUCAAACAGCUGACAGUGAACAAGGUAAGGAUACAAGCCCACUAAGUGAAAAUGGAAGUGUAGAUAUAACUAGUAAUCAUGCAACUAGCAGUUUAGAAAAUAACAAUGAGGGAAGCGAAAAGGAUUUGCAAAAGCAUGAUUUUGAACAUAAUGGUGUGCCGCAUGAAAAGACGAAUUCUGCGGGAACUACAGAUGCAGGAGGACAGCAGGGGGAUAGUAUCAAAAAUGAUGAAUCAGAAAGUACGACGCAUCUGAAUAAUGGUAAAUUAAAUAUAGCAGAAUAUGAAAACAGGGAUGUCAAUGCAACAAGGGAGGAAAUUAUACUUAUAUCUGAAGUACGCAAGUGCAAUAAUAUUAUUUCUUUGGAGUACUGUAACUCUAUACAACACAACAUAUCAUCGAACACUUGUUCUAGAGAUCAGAGUAAACAUUUAUGUUGUUCAAUAUCGGAUUUCUGCUUGAACUAUUUUGAGCAUAAUUCUUAUGAGUAUCAUAAGUGCAUGAAAAACGAAUUUGAAGAUCCAUCGUACAAAUGCUUUGCAAAAGGGAGCUUCACAGAUAAAGCUUAUUUUUUCGCGGGGGCAGGGCUCCUGAUGCUACUGUUGCUAGGUGCUACAUGGAAUAUGAUGAAGAACGAAUAUGUGAAAAAAGCAAAGGAAGAUACCCUAAAAUAUGAAUUUAAAUUCUCCGUAUCUUCCUGGAAUUUAAUCAUCUAUAGAAUGUUCUACAAAAUAAUUUUGAAGUCAUUCGAUGUCUCUCCCAAGGCUACACUUAAAGAAAAUUGUUCUCAGACAUUAUCGGAUAGGAACUUAUCUGAGGACGUUGUAGACAUAUUUAACAUAAUAUGUUCUAGCAAUUAUGAUGAGCAUGACAUUGAGAAAUUACGGAAUAUCAACUAUGCAACUAGAUUGAGUGAGCAGUAG